UUCAUUUGCCUUAACCAACUUACACAAACCAAUAACAACAACGACGCUACAACAAACACCACCAUGCUUCUCAACCGCUUCCUCCUCGGCGCCCUCGUUGCCGUUAACUCGGUCAGCGCCCUCCCCAACCCAGACGCCGACAACCAAGACGUCGAGGCACGAAGCAUCAUCCACCACUGCGGCUCCCACGCCUCCUGGAGCGGCUCCACCAAGUCCUGCGUCUGCCACGACAAGGGCAAGGUGUAUCACCACAAGCACAAGAAGUGCCGCUGCCCCAAGGGAGAGAAGUGGCACCAUGUCGAGCGCGAGUGCAAGAAGUCCUAA